AUGUGUUUGUGUUUUCAGCGACAAUGAAAAAUCUGCUGUUGACCAUGAAGAGGAUUUGAAGGCUUUAAUCUGGUUUAUACCUGAGUACAACGUUUGGAUUAUUCUCCUGAAGACAGCCGCUAAUGAAGUGAUGAACGCUGAGCCUGAAGCAGAGACGUACAGCUGCAGUCUGUCCACCAUGCUGGGCAGUGAGGACAGUGAGGAAGAAACCAGCCAAGAGGAGCUUCCCGUCACCAGCUGGAACGAGCUGUCCAUCAUAGAGCGCGUCGGCCUCAACAGUGUAGAGAUGUCAGAGAAAGAUUUGGAGACCACCUUCUCUCAGAUCGCCCUGGCUUUCCGCUGUGAUCAGUACACCCUGAAGCAGAGGCUGCAGGCGGAGGAGCACGCCCGCAACCUGGCCGAGGAGAACAUCCAGCUGGAGCUCAGCAGAGGCCGGGAGACCUUGGAGACACUGAAGGGCCUGUGUCUGGACAGCAAGCGGAGUAACAUCCUGCAGAGGCUGGAGCUCUCUCUGGACAUCCUGGGCGGGACUGUGGAGCGAAUCUCCAACACAGCUGAGGUCCUCGGGGCCGUGCACCAGGAGGCUCGAGUGAGUCGGGCGGUCGAGCUCAUGGUGGCUCACGUGGAGAAUCUGAGGAGGCGACAUGACAGAAACGUAGCAGAGCUGGAAGAGGCCAAGAAGACGCUCCAGCAGCAGAACAUCAUCGAUCCCAGAGCCUCGCCAGAUCCAGAGGAAGCUGACAACAGAAAGAGAAGCUCUCAGCAGAGCAGCAGCCGUCGAAGGGUCAGUAUAUCAGUCAUCACCAGCCAAACCCAGGAGAAGAGAAAGCGGGACGUGAAGAAGCGGGCAGCUCAUGGAGGGUCCUCUGGCAGGAAGUCCUGCCCGUCUCCAUCCCAGAGCUCAGAGUCCAGCUGUUCGGCCAUGGCCAAGGACGACAGCUACUCAGUGGACGACAGGCAACUUGAUCCGGAUGAAACUCCAUCAGAAGUUUCAACUGUUCAGCUUCCUCCAGACCCCUCUCCAUCCCCCAUCCCCAACCCAGAGUGUCCCCCAUCAAAACAAGUGGUCACCAGAAAAACCCAGAACAAAAACACCCCCCUGGAUACUUUGAGACAGAGACACAAGGGCAAAGCUGUGCUGUCAAAGAAGAAGUUAGACAAGGACAAAAGAAGUGCAAGUAUCUACCGGCGGAUCUCUGCGGGCACGUGUGGAUCUUUGUGGAGACACCGUCCCCUGGCUCACUGGCUGUACCGCUGUCGCUGGGUCGUCCUCUGCUUGUACCUGCUUGUGCUUUUCUGUGUCGUCACGUUGACUUACUUGUUGUGGAAGCUUCAUGAUGGAGCGUUUGAGCCGUGAUCUGUUCGACUGGAUUACACACCACGUCACCAGGACGUUGUCUGACUGUGAACAUUAGUGUGUAGACCAGCUGUUCUUUAAAGCUCUUUGUAUAUGAAUAUAUCACAUUUUGAUGUAAGA